GGGCUCAGGCGCGGCGCGGCGGCCGCCGCGGCGGGCAGUGAGCGGUGCAGCCGUGCCGCGAUCGUGGCGCGUCACCGGCGAGGGAGCGGCGCGGUUGAGGGUCGCCGGCAGCGGGCCGGCCCGGCUGACAGUGCACACUGCACAGUGCAGCCCAGUGCAAGGUGCACACUGUCACCCGGUGCACGGGGCAGCGCAGCUGACAGGUGUCGUGCAAAAGUCACCCAGAGUUCAGGAUGGAGAAGCGUUCGUCCACCGCGCCGUCUCGGUUCGGCAGAGUGGCGCGUCGCUUCUGCGCCAGCCUGCUGGAGGUCAGGGUAUGGACGGCUGUUGGUGUCACCGGCUGCAUCAUCGCCCUCGGCUUCUUCGCUUCAGCCAUCUUCACACAGUACAGUGAGAGGCCGGUUCAGGGUCGAGUGGACGAGGCGCUGACGGGCGGCGCGGCGCCGGAGCCGGGCGCGCUGCCGGUGCUGCUGCUGCUGCCGUCCUUCUCCAGCAGCCAGGCGCGCAGCCACUACCAGCAGCAGCUGACCAGCCUGCUGCAGCACUGCCGCUCGCCGCUCAGCCUGCACCUGAUGGUGCCCGCGCAGCACAUCCUCGAGCUGGCCCAGCUGAUGGAGGAGCUGGUGGCGGAGCGCCACCACCCGCCCAGCUGCCGGCCGCGCUACAUCCUGCUGCGUGGCGGCGAGCAGCUGGCCGCAGCGACCGACCAGCGGCAGCGCGGCCGUCAGCUGCUGACCGUGCUCCGGCAGCUGGCGCCACUCGGGCGAGUCGUCUUCCUUGACGAGCAGACUGUGCCCGUGGGUGACCUCGGCCCGCUGCUGACAGAACUGGAGGCGUUCCCUGAGCAGCGCGUGGCGGCCGGCGCGCCAGAGGACACGGCGCGCUACCUGAGCCGCUCCCACCUGGAGGGCGCCACCGAGCUGCCGCCGCCCGGGGUCAGCGGCCGACUGCUGCUGCUCGACCUGGCGCGGCUGGCGGCCGAGCCGCAGCUGGGGGCCGCCGCCGAGCUGCCGGACACGGACUCUGGUCUGCAGCCGGACGCCGGCGGGCCGCUGACCCAGCUGAGGCGGCGCCGGCCGGACCUGGUCGGCCUGCUGCCCUGCCAGUGGACGGUGAGCCAGCCGGAGCGACCGCUUCUGCUGGACGAGCUGUUUACCUGCCGCCAGCCGCCGCUGGUGGUCAGCACGGCCGGCCGUGCCGAGAGCGACUGGGAGCAGGACGUGCUCCGUCAGUGGACUGAGCGGACCGGCCCGGCGCAGGGGAAGGCCGCCUGAGACAGCUGACACACAAGGACAGCGCCAAACCUAGCCGGCUGAGAUUGACGUCCUCCUAUACAUACAUGACGGACGGUGGACUCGACGGCUUGAGAUGGCUAGCCUUCAGGACGGGCACCGAGACAAGCCGCCUGAGGCGGGGUAAUCCAACAGCGUCUGUGCCGGACCUGAGGCUAAGUCAGUGAGGCGUGAGGAACCGCCACCAGGCCAGGCCACCGGUGCAGGGACAGACCAACAGAGCUGGCACUGGGUUUCACCGACUGAGACGGUUGGACCCGCCAGGCCUGACUGUUUGAGACGGGACCCUACAGAUCCGGCUCCAGGACCGCCAGUACAUGGGUUGUAUCUGCACUAUGAAGUGAUGAUGCCGGCACAGGGUGCUUGAAAUAAAAAGCAAGGUACCACUGAGGCCGGACAGUUACCCACAGAGCAAUAUUUUCAUUGCAGCUUGUGUUUUGCUACGUCACAGACUGCGGUAACACGUGCGCGCUUGCCAGUUGGUUUUCACAAUGCACAAGUGUGUUAUUUGUAAGUUGUAUAUUGGAAGAGCUUGGAUAAUUCUUAUGACAAUUAUACAUCUGUGAUGGGGACGUAAUAUCCAGGUUGGUCUGGAAUAGAAUGUAUAUGGCCGAUUGGGUAACCAAGAGAUAACAUAUUAUCUAUAUGGAGCACAAUAAAAGCUUUAAAAUGGUUU